AUGGCCCUGUUCAUCUUCAUAAUCUUUCAUCUUGUACUGGAGGAUAAAUCGCAAGGUUUGCCGCAGGCCAAGCUGACAGUAUUUCCAAUAUUUGCUACUGAUGAAGAAAAGGUGCAGAUGGUCUGUGGAGGUCAUGAGAAUCAGCAUAUAUCUGAGUGCAUGUUUUACCCUGCAGGACAGGAGAACUUUUUAAAACCAAGUACAUCGUGUAACUUUUCCCUUACCGGUGCCGAACUGAUCAUAUGGUCACAAGAUCAGGAGAGUUCACAUGUUAACAUAUCCUGCUACUAUACUGUGCAUGCCUUAGGAGAAAAUGGAACAUCACCUCAUUCCGACAUAGUCUCAGUCAGGGUCAGAGGUUUGGCCGCCAUGUCGUCUUUGCCACCAAUCACAGAGGGCAGCCCAACUACAAUGACCCCCAAUGAAACCUUUCAAGCGAAUUUGUCUACUGUGUCAACAUCGAACACAACAACAUCUUUGGCUAUAACAUCCAGUACUGAAAUCAUAACAGAUUCGAUAACCAAUAUGUCCAUUCUAAGUACCCAUGACGGCCAUAGUUUAACAGAUCCUGCAAAUGCCUCAACAUCCUUGGAAUCGACUACGCUUACUCAUACUACAGAACAUGCAUCAGUUUUCCCCUUGAUGACCGAAGGUCCUGAAAUCCAAAAGUACUCAAAUACAAAAAUGUUUUUCGUCAUUGCUGUGGUUGCAAGUGGUGGAGGAAUUGUGCUGACUGGACUCGUGGGCAUCUGUUUGUACGGAUGCACACGAAAGUCAAAGGCAGAGAGGUAA